AUGGCCGCCAUGGUCCGUUUCCUGCUGGGCUCUGCCCCGGAUGAGGCGCCCCCCAGCCCGGAGCCCCCGGCCCCCCAUGCCCCCCCUGGCACCGGCGUGGCGGAGGCUGGGCAGGCGACGACGGGGUUCGGGGGGGCGGCGGGGGACCUGGCCACCCCCGAGCUGCACACCAGCCUGGCUCUGGGCGAGGAGGUUCGGGCGGCCGCCCACCAGGGCUUCGACGCCCACCGGGCCGCCCAGGAGCUGCUGGCCACGUCCUUCCUCGCCCGCUGCAGCGUGGAGGGCAAGGUGGCCGCAGGUAUGAACAUCCCCCGGGAGCAGCAGCUGUACCAGGGGCUCGUGAGCCUGCAGGUGCCCGCAGAGGAGGUGCUGAGCUGCGCCCUGCAGGAGAAACUGUCACUCGUCCGAUCGCAGCCUGAACCCUGCAGGGAGCCCGCCCCCGAAGGCCCGGACCUGCUGAUGUUCUACGAGCCCUGGGAGCUGGUCGCGGAGACCCCGUACCUGGGCGUGGAGGGGCUGCCCCCCCUGCGGCUCCAGCCCCACAUCCGACCCCCGGCCUCCACCUUCCUCAUGUUCCGCAAGCUCCAGCAGUGGGAGGCCUAGCGGGGCCGGGACGCGUCUGCCCCCCAGAGAGAGAGAGAGAGAGACUGUUUCUGGGGGGGAGGGGUCCUUGCCCCUCCCUGACCCCAACUGACCCGUGGGAUUCUCACCCUUUGUACCUGGCCCCCCAAUAAACCCCCCUCUGGGCUCA